AUGACAUAGUGCUUAAAUCAAUACAGCCAUGGUAGAUUGGAUGUAGACUGUAAUCAGGCCUACUGUUGAAGAGGAGAUGUGCUGUCCCCGGGGCGAAACACAAUGCUAAGGACAAGAGAAGGAGCAGCUCACAUGAUUACGAUGUGACUGUCUUCUGAGACUGUGGGUGUUUGAAUAUAUGUGUGUUUUUGGAUUCAAUGAGAGAGCUAGCAUUUCACUGCUCUCAUUGUCCUCCAUGUAAGGCUGAUGAGAAGCACCAGUCCUUGGGCUGCCAUCUGCCUGAGCGCCUCUACCCGGACAGGCUCUGGCUAAUGAUCUGGAGGAAAAAACUCUACUGGAUGUGGAGCCACGGCCCUGAAAAUGGGAAGCUGAAAAUUAGGCUGUGAAUAAGGUCCCCUCUCUUCAGAGCAUCAACAGGGACAUAGGCAUUGUGGAGUUUAAAGCAAACCAGCUGAGUUUUUACAUAUCAGACGAGACUCAACACUGGAAUCCACUUCACUGUUCAAGGAAGUUCUGCCCCUCAAAGAACCGAAACACGUCUUACAUCAGGAUUGUCAACGAUUGUCAACAGCUACUACCCUCUUGACUCUAGAUGGGUGCAGUCUUUAUGAAGCUCUGCUGCUGCUGCUGCGUUGCCGACGAUGACGAUGAUGAUGAAAAGCAGCCUUUAGUACCUCAGGAUCCAUUGGAGUACUUUAACCGCGAAGUCCAGAAGCGUCGUGAUGAGGAGACCAACCUGUGGAGCGAGCCAGGGGACCCCAGUCACUCGGAGAGACAGGAUGACCGUGUCCUUUACAGCCUGCUGCAGGCCAGGAACAAGACCCGCAUGGGAUCCACGGGCUAUCGCCGACUAAGUGUUGACAUUGAAGCCAUGAGAGACACCCGUCGAGAGGUCAGAGACAAAUGGAAGACAAUCCUGGAGAAUUUAGGUUUCAUGGCAGAGGCAGACUCGCUUCUGACGGUGUCUGCUGGAGCCUCAAAUGACCGCAUGCGUAAUGCCCCAGCAGCACGUGCAAUGCUGAAAACACUCCACACUGAGACGUCCAUCUUCAGCAGCAGAGAGCCACCGCCGGAAAGAUAUCUGCUAAUCCUGGAUCGUCUACUGUAUCUAGAUAUAGCUGAAGAUUUUCUGGCAAAGGCAAAGCGCUUCUAUCCUCCAAAGGAAGAUUCUGACGAGGAGACACCGGGCCUGGCCAUAAACCUGCCGCUGCUGCUGGCCAGGGUAGAGGCCAUGAACGGAAGAGGCAAUGAUGAUGAUGAAGAAGAUGAGAACGACAGCGGAAGAGAGGAUGGCAACAUGAGUGACAGAUCCUAAGAUCUACUGGUUGCAGUAAUAAUUGACACAAGGCAGGGGGCAGUAGUCAUCAACCCUGGAGACCUGGAUAACAGAAUCUAUAGCUUUUACAUUCAUGUGUCUGUUUCGUCAUACGUGUUGUUGCUUCUUGGAAAUUUUAGGCUGACCAGUUUCUUCUUUCCUCCCCAGCUUCACAGCUUGAGUUUUAUUAUGUUUCCUCCUGUCAAAGGGCUUUGUAGAUUGUCUGGUUAAUGUUACCAUGGUGUUUAAUGUUUUUUUUUUUUCUGUCUACCACAGACUUUUUUCAAAUCCUCAGCCUGUUCAUUGUUCAGCUGUGAACCUUCAGGGUAGCGAUGUUCCUUGAGUAGGGCCUCUUUCUAUUUUGUCCUAUGACCAUCAGCAAGCAUUUUCAGUCAAUCACAUGAUCGGUAACAACACUGAAUAAAUAGCCCAGUAAACUGAUGUCAGCUUUUUCACAAGAAUGUGUGUUUGUCUAACUUUGAAGUCCUUAAAGUCUGUAUUUGUCUUCAAACAUUUAGGAAAAUAGCAGAUGGAAAUAUAAUAUAGUUAGUACAGUAUGUUGAACUCUUUAAAUUGGUUGUGUAUGUGACUGAGGUGACUUUUAGGUGACGUAUGAGGGCGUGUUUUUUCCCCUCCAGCAAUUUACUGAAAAUGUGAAAGUGGGAGAUUGUAUGUGUUCUGGUAUGCCGUUUAUGGUAAAAUAAAGUUCUAGGCUUAAGUGUCACAUGUCGGUAUGAUGCCCUCCCUGGGGCUGCCUCAUGUGAAGUAAUAUGGAGCUUCAAAAAAAUAAAGAAAAAAAGAAGAAUUUGCAUGACUAUCAGCAACCCAGAGCUGAAAUAGGGUUUCCUGUGUGGGAAUCAAAUGAGCUGUGAUUUCAGGGAAACUGCGGCACGAGAGCAACAUUCCUUUGAAGUUAAAACAAGGGUCUUCUUCAGUCUGUCCCUGUGCCCUCACGUGGCCUGUCGGCUGAGUGCUCAUGUCUGGCUUACACUCUGAUCCACAGACACGCUGCAAAUCCUGGCCUGGUGCUGCCUGUACCUCGUCUCACCAUCCCGCUGGGACCAGACUGGGUUGAAAGAUGGAUGGUGAGGGUGGUGUUUUUGGUGGUCAGCUGCUUCUUGUUGUUGUUGCUGUUGUUAUGUAAGAGAGACACUCUGCUGAGGGCACAUGUUUGUACACGGCACCAGCCUGCUGGCACACUGGCACGCACACACACACUGAAAUAGCUGGUAACACUUGACUCUGUGGUGCCGAUAUGGAAACACAAGUGUGAACGUUGU